CACACACACACCUACCCCUUGAAACAUCCUGGACGCUAUUAUGCGGUUGGCUCUCUCUAGGCCCCCACCUUCCUCCGCACCUCCUCUCUUCCUCUUUUGGGGUUUCUUCAGUGGGUCCCAAUAGUAUCUAUACAUAUCAGAUUGUAUCUAUCAUCAUAUCAUCAUCAUCGUCACAUAUGGAGAGGAGGAGGAGGGUAUGGGGAACAGGAUUGGUGCUGUUGGUGGUUUUCGGGAGAUUAACGUGUGCAGAACCCGUUAGGGUUCCGUUACCUUCCGUUUGCCCUUUAAAUUCAGUUAAACACUCGAUCUUUGGGUUUUCAGAUUCAAUAUGUCACUUGAAUGUGGUCGAAUCUUUUGAUGUCGGUGUUAUUGAGGGAGAUGAAGUCUCACUGCAGAGGGCACUGAAUAUGGUUCACAAGAAUACUCAUGAUUACGUUGCAGUGCUUUUCUAUGCGUCUUGGUGCCCAUUCUCUAGAUCUUUUAAACCAAGCUUUUCCAUCAUCUCUUCCUUGUAUCCUUCCAUUCCUCAUUUCGCAAUUGAAGAAUCAGCCAUAAGGCCAAGCAUAUUUUCAAAAUAUGGAGUCCAUGGGUUUCCUACGCUUUUCCUUUUAAAUUCCACCAUGCGCGUGCGCUAUCAUGGCUCCCGAUCCCUUGGUUCUCUUGUCUCUUUCUAUGGUGAUGUUACUGGUCUCUACACUGCAUCAGUGGAUGGAGCAUCCCUGAACAGAAUUGGUCACUCAUCAGAACAGGAGAAACAUGAUAACAGUGAGCAGGAAAGCUGUCCAUUCUCAUGGGCUAGAUCUCCCUGGAAUUUACUUCAGCAUGAGACAUAUUUGACCUUGGCCACCAUUUUUGUGUUGUUAAGGCUGCUCUAUUUCAUUUCCCCAUUUCUUCGUAUAUGUGCUCAAUUUGCUUGGAGAAGGUAUAUUGUAUGCGUGAGGUUGAGGAGCUUGUGGGAGCAUCCUCUGGCCUACCUGGAUCGAGCAAUACAGUUAUUUGAUUCCCUAAAGGAGCCUUGCAAGAGAAGCAAUUUGCAGGGAGGAGCCAUGAAUGCAAAGGCAUGGGCUUCCAAGUCUUUAGCUUCAGUUUCAUUUGGAGAUGCAAGCACCAGCCGCAUUGUUACAUGA